AGGAAGAUCAAUUCCUCAGACAUAGCAAAGCUAUCUAAAAAACCUGCAUAUAACAAGUUUUCCAUUUUCUCAAGUCAAUUAAGCAUUCAAUCAAUGGCAGGUAUUGCAUCUGGAAUCUGCAACCUUGCUGUGGGCACAGGCGAUGCUCGCCGCCGGCAAACACAAGCACAAUGUUGUCCCAACGGCAACGUUCCCCCUCCUGCUCCUGCUCCUGCUCCUGCUCAUGCGCCUGCGCAGUCAUCUGAAGAAUUCACCUAUUCAAAUGCUGGAAAGCAAAAUAUCAAAGGUCUUACUAAUCAAACUGGUUAUGUUAAGGGUAAUGCUAAUGGAGUCAUCAACUUUGGCACCUUGACAUCAUCUGCUAGGCAAGCAUGAAUGAAUCCUUUUGAUAACAUGCAUGAAGCAAUAAUGUAUAUCUGGUUGAGGCAACUCAAUAUAAUUAUUACUAAGUAAAUAAAUUCUGCUUUGUUGCUUUAGCAUUUUAUAAUGUGUGUGUUACUCGGAUCAUAACCAUAAUAAUAUGUAGAUAAAAUAAAAUAUGGGCUGAA